ACAAACAGAACCAAAGGGAAACAAGCCCUUAUUCUGAUGUAUCGAGUGAAGAUGAGUCAGAAAGCUCAAAUUCAGACAUUGAACUUGACGAACAAGAACAACCAGAAGUUCACAGUCACACUCCAAGUAUUCAUACUUCUAAUACAAAGAAUGACACUAUGUCUGUUAUUGAAGAUAUGAAAGGCUUCAUGGUAACUGAAGAGAAAGCUGGUCCGAAGAUAAAUGAUGAACUGGCAUCUGUUGUCAAUGAUGGCUUGAGAAAGAAGGCCAAGCAAAACAAAGUUGAUGAGCUAACCAAAAAGUAUGCAAAGCCAGAAAAUGUACACAGUUUGACAGUCCCAAAAAUUAAUUUGGGUAUAUGGUCACAGAUGUCAGUACCUAACAGAAUGAAUGACGUUAAACUUCAAAAAAUUCAAAACUUAUUGGGUAAAGCAGCGUGUCCUAUGCUUUACUUAAUGGACUUGUUUCUGUCUAAAUCACAAACUAAUGAUGGACUAUCUAGAGAAGAAGUACAGUCUGCAACGCAACUUUGUAAAGACGCAUAUCAGAUGACACAAGUCACUUAUGCAGACAUAACUUUCAGAAGAAGAGCUUUGAUACAAGCUGAAAUUCAACCCAAAUAUAAAGCUUUGUGCAAGGAUGAUGUUCCAGUAACUGAUUUUCUCUUUGGAAAUGACAUCAAAGAUAAAGUCAAAGAAAUGGAUGCUGAAUAUACAGUAGGAAAGAAACUGGGCAAAACCAAUUUUAAAAUUGGAAAGAAAUCACAUGAUGACAAGAAAACUUUUAAGAAACCAUAUGUACAUGUACCAAAACGUCAUUUUGACAAAGCAUCAAACAAGAAAGAUUUUUUAGGGAAACCAACUUACAAAAAGAAAAAGUUCAAAAAGAAGCUCCAAGAGCAGGACAAGAAGUUCCUAUAAAAUUGCCAAAGCAAAAUAGUUUGCCUCAUGGUAGGAAAAGUAAUCCAAAAACUGAUUUUGGAAGAAGCAGAAUUAACCUUAAUAGCACCCUUGUGGAGCACUCAACAUCGCUUCCC